AUGCGCGUGCUCUCUGUUCUCUUCGCCAGCAGCUUCGCGCUCGCCGACGCGCUCAAGUCGCUCGCCGAGUACGAGCGCGAGUUUGCGGCCUGGAUGGAGACGCACUCGAUGGCGUUCUCGAGCGCGCUCGAGUUUGCCACGCGGCUCGAGCACUACAUUGCCAACGACAUGUACAUUGUCGAGCACAACGUGGAGAACGCGUGGACCGGCGUGACGCUCGGCCACAAUGCGUUCUCGCACUUGUCGUUUGACGAGUUUAAGCGCCAGAUGACGGGCCUCGCGGUGCCGGACGGGUACGUGGAGCAGCGACUGGCCGCGCGGGUGGACGGUCUGUACGCGGACGUGGAGACGCCGGACGCGUGGGACUGGCAGGAGAAGGGUGGCGUGACACCGGUCAAGAACCAGGGCAUGUGCGGCUCAUGCUGGGCGUUUUCUACUACGGGCGCGGUCGAAGGCGCUGCGUUUGUCGCUAGUGGGAAGCUGCCGAGUGUGUCGGAGCAGGAGCUCGUGGACUGCGACCACAAUGGCGACAUGGGCUGCAAUGGCGGGCUGAUGGACCACGCGUUUGCGUGGAUUGAGGAGAAUGGCGGGCUGUGCAGCGAGGAGGACUAUGAGUACGAGGCGAGGGCCCAAGUGUGUCGCAAGUGCGAGAAGAACGUGGUCAAGGUGACGGGGUUCCAGGACGUGAACCCGCAAGACGAACACGCGCUGAAGGUGGCGGUGGCGCAGCAGCCCGUGUCGGUGGCGAUCGAAGCCGAUCAAAAAGCGUUUCAGUUUUACAAGAGGGGCGUGUUCAACUUGACGUGCGGCACGCAGUUGGACCACGGCGUGCUCGUCGUGGGGUACGGGAGCGAGGACGGACAAAAGUUUUGGAAGGUCAAGAACUCGUGGGGGUCGACGUGGGGAGAGCAAGGGUUUAUCCGUCUUUCACGGGAGGAGAGCGGACCCGCAGGACAGUGCGGCGUUGCAUCUGUGCCCAGCUACCCGUUUGCGACGCUCAUUUCCGACACAGCGACCCAAGAUACUGACAAGGUGGAGGAGAUGCCAUUGCCUGGACGUGCCGACGACGUUGUGGACUCGUUCCCAGCUGUGGAGGUACCUGACUUUCGUCUCGCGAACCUCGCGGACUUGUUCUCGUCGGCCCGUAUCACGCAGUGUGGCGACGUUGGCAGCGCGGCAAUCAAAUUUGACCACUUGGAAGUGACUCCCACGUCGCCUCAGCGCGGUCAGCCCGUUGCGAUCUCCGGCAAUGGCGACGCGAAGCAAGACUUUGGGUCGGCAAACUUCGAGCUGGGCGUCAAGCUAGCUGGCAUGCAGGUGUUUGCCCACGCUGGCGAUCUGUGCGGGGACACGCACAUCCCGCUUCCUCUCGGCCUGGGCCACAUCGACGUGCAUGGCUUUGCAUGCCCUGUAGCGAAGGGCAAAUCCACUGAUCUGAAGGUGGACGUAAACCUGCCGAUAAUUGCGCCAGCCGGCAACUACGAGAUCCAGCUGACCAGUGAUGACGACAACAGCAGCCCGCUGUUUUGCGUGAACGUUGAGCUCGACUUGACGAACACGAACGAUGUGCCGACGAAGUCUCGUGUGUACGAGCCUCUGGCGUUCAUGUAA